AGCUGUGGGUCGUCUGUUUAUCCCGCCAGAGGAGGAAAACAAAUCUUGUUCGCAGCAGAGAGGAGCAGAGGGGUGGACGCUUCAUCCGUUGUGUGCAUCAUCUCCUCGUCGUCUCGAGCUCUGAGCCAGUCCUGGGAGCUUGAAGGGAGCCUUGGCAAGAACAUGCACUUCAGGAGCGGUGCGCCCACUCUGCUGCUGCUGCUGCUGCUUCUUUGUCUGCUGGAGGUGAGAGGGCAGGAGAAGCGGGGGUACCUACAGGGGGCUCUCAGGGCCCUGGACCUGCCCCUGGGUACUAACGACGAGCUGCAGCUUCAAAAGAACCACACGGGCAUCCUGAUCGCCAAGCUCCUGCAGCAGGUGCACUGUGCAGAGCAGACCGGCACCUCUCAGGACAUCUGUAACAAGUGCCUGACACCAGAAGUUGCUCUCUCUGUGCUGGAGGAUGAAGGGAAGGCUUAUCUCACUGAGGAUGACUACCAGCAGAUCUCCACAGUUCUUCUGUAUUACAUCAUUACCUUGCAAGACCUGUGUGGGUCAAAUGCUGCCUUUACUUCCUCCCUUUCCUCCUCAUCUGGGGAUUAUCAGUUCUACCUUUUGGCCCUCACCAAUAUGCACCCGGCUGAGGACAACCGAUUCCUGUCUUCUGGUGAAACAGAAAGUAUUCUGCAGCUCAUCAACGAGCACUACGAGCCCUCUGAUAAUGACGCCUCAUCUGAUUUGCAGUGUAUUGAUGCUGAUCGCCUCUUUCAAGAUGUCAACGUUAAAGAAAAUCCAGGUGCUGGGGUGAAUUCUGUGCCCAAACUGGCUGCAGCCAUCAUCAGUCACAUCCUGCAGGGACACUGUUUCAGACAGAGGAACCUCCCGUCUCCUGCUUUCUUUACCGACUUCAUCUUUCACUCCUUCAAUCGCACAAGUAACCUGCAGAUAAUAGAUUUAGAGGAGUUGCUCCAUCAGCUGGGUGUCGGCCGUGAAGCAACGACACACUCUCACAACAGGAAGAGGAGGAGCUCACAGAAAGAUAGUUGCAACCACGAAACUGGUGAAACAAUCAGAGACUGGGCACAGGUAUGUUUUUCAGCCAAUCAGCUGGUGGAUAUUUUUGCUCUGAAUCCUCAUUUGCCAAUUUCCAAGGAGCACUUCAGACAAAUGUGCCCGGCCAUCAUUCAGCAGUUGCUAGGCAAUGCCUGCGAGUCUGCAGAGCAAAACAGAAGAGGAUCUCUGCCCACGGCUCUGGAGAAGUACGGCUACAGCACGGCGGCCGUCCUGCUCAUCACGGUGGGCUCCAUGUUCGGCAUCUGCCUGAUCUUCUUCAACUCCUGCCAGGAAACCUACACGCUCAUCCUGCAGCUGUUUGUGGGCCUGGCAGUGGGAACCCUCUCAGGAGACGCACUCCUGCACCUUAUACCACAGAUCCUCAACCUCCACGAUGACACUCGCAGUCACGACGGCGAACACUUUGGUGAAGGAAAGGAGCAUCUGUGGAGGAUUCUGGGCAUGAUUGGCGGGAUCUACGGCUUUUUCCUCAUCGAAAGAAUCUUUUCCUUUUUUGUUCCCUCUCAUGGCCAUGGUCACAGUGACCUUCCCUUAGAGCUCAACUGCAAUGGCCGGUCACAGAGGGGCAAGUCCAUCUCCACCAUACAGCUGGGACCCGUGGAUGACUUGGAGUGCACAGAAGUAUCUCCCGAACACGUAGACACAAGGAGCCGUUCACAUCAGAAACAAGGGGUUCCUCUGCUGGCUGUGAUGAUAAUCGUGGGAGACAGCCUUCAUAACUUCGCCGAUGGCCUGGUUGUCGGAGCGGCCUUCUCCUCUUCAGCCGAGACUGGCAUGGCGACCACCGUGGCCAUUCUGUGCCACGAGAUCCCGCACGAGAUGGGGGACUUUGCAGUAUUGUUGAGCUCUGGACUCUCAGUGAAGACUGCUGUGCUAAUGAACUUUCUGAGCGCUCUGACAGCCUUCAUGGGACUCUACAUCGGACUGUUUGUGUCCUCAGAGAUGGAAGUGCAGCAGUGGAUCUUCGCUGUUACUGCUGGGAUUUUCCUCUAUUUGUCACUGGUAGAAAUGCUUCCAGAGAUGAGUCGGGUGAAGACGGACAGACCAUGUCUCCUGUUUCUCCUACAGAACCUCGGUCUGUUGAUGGGUUGGGCCUGUCUUCUGCUCCUUGCGCUCUUUGAACAUGAACUCAAAUUCUAAAUGCAGUGUAUGUGACGUAUAUAUCUUCACACAGGGUUGAGCUGGAACAAAUGUUGACUCAUGUAUUCUCAUGUUUUCUGACUUGAAAGUGUAAGUGUGUGAAACCUGGAUUUUCUUUUUAACAAGUCAUUUCCCUUCAACGAGUGAGUAUUUCAUGAUGUUGUAGUCUCAGCACUGGAUGGUAAAUGUCCGUUAGCUCUUUUUUUAUACUUGAUGAUUUAUUUUUGUAUGUCAGGUAUCUGGACACUGAAUAGUUUAAACUCUAAUAAUGAUCUUUUAUGGCAGAUUCAGGUACAAUUGUGCAUAUGUGUUGUUCUGUGAAAUAUCCAUAUUGCCUCAGACAAUCAGAUCAUUUGAUUUUUAAGUCAUGUCUCACAAGGAGAAUAUAAAGGAUGUAAAUCUA